AAGCACUCAGAUCACAUUGCCUUUUUGGUGCUCAGUGAAGAUCCGCUUUUGCCGGCUAAGCUAAGAAUCCGAUAUGUUGGUCCCGAAAAAGAACCGUAUUGCCGUCUACUCGUACCUCUUCAAGGAGGGCGUCAUGGUCGGCAAGAAGGACUUCGCGCUCCCCAAGCACGGCGAGGUUGACGUGCCCAACCUCCAGGUCAUCAAGCUCAUGCAGUCGCUCGUCUCGCGCGGCUACGUCAAGGAGACGUUCAACUGGCAGUGGUACUACUGGUACUUGACGGCCGAGGGCCUCGAGUACCUCCGCGCGUACCUCCACUUGCCGGCUGAGAUCGUCCCCGCGACGCUCAAGAAGCCCGCUGCCCGCCCGUCGCGCCCCCAGGCGCCGUCGGCGUACGGCCGCAAGGACAAGAACAUGGGCCCGUCGGGUGACUUCAACCCCGAGUUCCGUGGUCGCCAGGACGGCUACCGCCGCGAAGCCGCCAACUAAGCGCUCUUCUUGACCGUGGAAACGUAAUAUCAUGUCGGAUUCGACUUGCCA